CCUGAGGAGAGGGAUCCGGCUAAUGAGGCUGGGGGUUAUGGAGUCCUGUUUUAAGAGAGCUGCAGAGAGAGCUGUCUGUGUGUGAAGAUGUGGUCUCUACAGCUUUUUCUCUUCAGCUUCCUGCUCGCAUUUUUCAGGCUUAGUGACACUCGAUUCCUCAGUGUGAGAAGGUCAGCACAGCGGGGGAUCAAGGAGCACAAGUCUGCAGAGGUGGAAGCUGAGUUUGGAGCAGAACCUGAGAGGGGGAACUCCAGGGUUUCUGCACAACAAGUUGACCAGGUCCUUCAGAGGAGGAUGUGGCCUGAGUUUGAACCGCUUUCCUGGAAGUUUCCAGAAGAUCCAGGGGAGCUGGAAAACAAAAGGCCUCCCAUUGGGACUGAACCUCCGUUGCUGAAGAUGAAAGAAAGAGUAGCUGUGAGGUGUGGGGAGAGUAGGAUCCAAGUGGAGGUGAGCCAGGACCUGCUGGGUCGCGGCAGGAGGAUCAAACCAGAGGAGCUCACACUCGGUGGUUGUUCAGCCACAGAGAUCGAUGACUCCUCUCAUGUGUUGGCGUUUGAGAGUGAACUGCACGGCUGUGGAAGCAAACUAGUGGUAAGAGGUUAAAAUGAAAUUUUGGGAGCAAAUAAAAGUCAAUCAGAUUGAUUUAAGAAAUGUUUCUUUUUUAUGCAGAUGACCGAUAAAGCCUUCAUUUACGCCUUCAUGCUGGUCUACAAACCCAGAGCAUUGGGCAGAGGAGGCAUCGUCAGGAGUCAGAGUGCUGUCAUUGGUGUGGAGUGUCAUUAUCCAAGAUGAACCAAAACCUGGACACCUAUUGGGCAAUAAGAAAAAAAAACAGAUUUAAGUGUUAUAUGAAAUUAAAAUAAAAGUUUUUACAUUCUAA